AUGUUCUCCCUUCGAGCCCCCAAAGCCACCUUCAAGUCCUACCUGUUGCCGCAGGCUGAAGACAAGAUCAUUCCGGAACCUCGACUUAAGAAACUGGAGCCUGUCCUACUGCCAGGCGAAAUUGUGGUGAACGAAGUGAACUUUGUGAGGAAAUGCAUCGCAACGGAUACAAGCCAAUAUGACCUCUGGGGAAAGCUGGUCUGCAGCAACUUCAAGAUAUCCUUCAUUACAGAUGACACUAUCCCUCUUCAGAAGUUCCAAUACAGAAACCUUCUCCUAGGAGAACACGACGUUGCCUUGACAUGUGUAGAGCAAAUCGUCACAGUGAAUGAUACCAAGAGGAAGCAGAAAGUCCUGGGCCCCAAUCAAAAGCUGAAGUUUAAUCCAACGGAAUUAAUUAUUUACUGCAAAGACUUUCGGAUUGUCCGGUUUCGUUUUGAUGAAGCCGGAUCGGAAAGUGCCAAAAAGGUGUGUCUUGCAAUAGCACACUACUCGCAACCCGCAGACCUCCAGCUGCUUUUUGCAUUUGAAUAUGUGGGCAAGAAAUACCACAAUCCAGCAAAAAAGGUGAAUGGAAUAGACCCUGGAGGAGGAGGAGGUGGGGGUGGUCAUCAUCAGACUCCCUUGUUUGAAACUUUCUCAGACUGGGAUAGAGAGAUCAAGAGGACGGGAGCUUCCGAAUGGCGUGUGUGUUCGGUCAAUGAAGGUUACAUGAUAUCCACCAGUCUUCCAGAAUAUUUUGUGGUCCCCUCCUCUCUGGCGGAUCAAGAUCUGAAGCUGUAUUCUCACGCUUUCACCGGACGACGGAUGCCACUGUGGGGUGAAGCUGUCAUGAGACACUUCUAAAAAUGUCCUCAGUACCAUUUCUCUUCUUUUUCUUUUAGGAUUUGCAAUGCUGUCACCAGAAGUCAUCCACAGAGGAGUGACGUUUACAAGUCUGACUUAGAUAAAUGCCUGCCAAAUGUCCACGAAAUCCAGACGGCUUUCCUGAAACUGAAGCAGUUAUGUGUGAAUGAGCCUUUUGAAGACACUGAGGAGAAGUGGCUUUCCUUGCUGGAUAAUUCACGUUGGCUGGAGUACGUGAGAAUCUUCCUGAAGCAUUCUGCAGAACUGGUCUACAUGCUGGACAGCAAACAUGUUUCAGUAAUAUUACAAGAGGAAGAAGGGCGAGACCUAAGCUGCUGUGUGGCGUCUCUUAUCCAAGUGCUGUUGGAUCCCCAUUUUCGGACCAUCGCUGGAUUUCAAAGCCUGAUUCAGAAGGAGUGGGUCAUGGCAGGACACCCGUUUCUGGACAGGUGCAAUCACUUGAAGAAAUCUGACAAAGAGUCUCCUUUGUUCCUGAUGUUCCUUGACUGUGUCUGGCAGCUACUUGAGCAGUACCCAUCGGCCUUUGAGUUCUCUGAAGCUUACUUGACCAUAUUGUACGACAGCACACGGAUCUCACUGUUUGGUACUUUCCUCUUCAAUUCUCCACAUCAGAGAGUAAAGCAAAGCACGGAAUUUGCCAUCAGCAAAAAUAUUCAGCUGGGUGAUGAGAAAGGGCUGAGAUUUCCUUCCGUUUGGGAUUGGUCCCUUCAGCUCACAGCGCGGGAUCGCCUGCUCUUUCACAACCCCCUGUACAUUGGGAAGAGCACACCCUGUGUGUGCAACGGGACUGUGAAAAGCUUUAAACGAUCAAAGAAGAACUACAGUUCAACCCUCAGAGGUCUCCCAUCUUCCCUCAAAAACGGAAUCAUCAACGAACAGGACUUCCUCCCCAGGAGAAACUCCCUGAUCCUCAAACUGAAACCUGACUUCCUUCAUCACAACACUACCAACGGCAUGGAGCAGUAUUUCCGAGACUGGUUCUCCAAGCCAGCGGACCUUCACGGUGUGAUCCUACCCCGCCUCUCCGGGACACAGAUCAAGCUCUGGAAACUCUGCUACUUCCGUUGGAUCCCCGAGGCCCAGAUCAACCAUGGGGGUUUCAUCACAGCCUUUCACAAAAUCUCUCUGUUGGCCGACGAGGUGGAAACCUUGAACCGGAGCUUGAGGCAACACAACGGCAAUCCCCCGCUGUUGGCCAACGCACCUGAGCGGGACCAGAGUCGCCUGUACUUCCGAGCCCAUGGGCUCACUGACGGCUCCACCAUGCCUGACUUUCUCUCGUCUGCUUUUCCAUUCUCCCCCGUGGGCAACCUCUGUCGGCGCAGCAUCCUGGGCACACCCCUGAGCAAAUUCUUGAGCGGUGCCAAAAUUUGGUUGUCCACCGAGACCCUUGCCAACGAAGACUAAUCCUAGGAGCCAGCGAAGAAGAAGAAACGGCAGUCUUAACACGA